AUGUUUAUCACUCUUACUGCCGUUCCUGUCCCCACUCCCUCAAAAGCCUCUGCCACUGCUCCUAGCCGUGGCAGUUCAGACCGUACUGAUAGCUCGGAUAGUAUUGCUGAGACAAAACAAAAGACUGUCAAGGUCAAGGGGACUUCGUCCGUCGACGUCGACCGAUCCGCCUCUACCGGACGCUUAAAAACGAUGCGUAACUCUUAUCGCGUGUUGAAAAAUUUGACCCCGAAGCAAAUGGACGACUUCAUGAAUUCUUAUGUUAUCUAUGGGCUAGAUUGGGAGAAUGAGGCGCAGAUGAUUACCACUCUCGGCCCCGACUAUCCUACCGCGGUGCACGAUUGUCUCGUCAGCUACUACAGUGUGUUGAAUCAUCUUUGUGCUUUAGGAGAGGUUGAGAAGAUGUAUAUUCCUCCUGUGAUGAACAUUCAUGCCGGCAUUCUCGACAAUCAGCUUCUUUAUGAGGAGUUUGUUGCACGGGAAAUUGAACUCAAGUCCGGGGACCACGUUCUUGACCUCGGAUGUGGCCGAGGUCGCGUCGCUGCCCACAUGUCCAAAUACACUGGUGCCCAUGUUACCGGUCUCAAUCUCGAUGCCGACCAGCUUGCCAGCGCGCGCACGUUCGCCGCAAAGCGAAAGUUGCCUUUGGAGUUCAUUCAACAAGAUUUCAAUGUCCUGCCCCUCAAGCUCGAAACCGAGAGCUUUGACGCGUUUUAUCAAAUCCAGGCUUUAAGUCUGUGCAAAGACCUUCCCGCCACAUUCCGUGAAAUCUACCGCGUCCUGAAACCGGGAGCCAAGCUUUCUCUGCUGGACUGGGUCAGUUUACCUGCCUAUGAUCCCGGGAAUUCGGAGCAUGCUGAGCUCAUGCGUAGAAUCAAACCCCUGAUCGGCGCUGUUGGUACUCCCACCGUGGAAAAGUUUCAUACAGCGUUGGAGGAGGCCGGAUUCCAUGUGCUCAAGAGUGACAACGCCAGUAUCGAUGGUCUGCAGGCGCCGCUCAUUGAACGCGCAGACGGAUAUUUCCGCCGAUUACAGUCGCUUAUACUUGCACUCGUCAAGCUUCGCGUGCUUCCUCCCCAUUUCAAAACCCUUAUGCUUCGCUUAACGCAGGAUGGUCAAGCGUUCAUCCAGGCGGAUCGGAUGCGACUCAUCACAACAAGUUAUCAUAUCCUUGCAGAGAAACCGCGAUCAUAG